AUGAUUUCGACUCAACCAGAUUCUCUGAUCGAGUACCUGAUAGUGGAGUACCGAUGGCUGAUUGCUAUCACGAUCCUCAUGCCCCUCUCCUUCCUAUGGAAGAUCUGGUCGAUGGCAAGGAACUAUGUGGUCUUUAAACUCAACACAGCUCCAGGAAACCAUGAGAAGAAAGUGAAAGAAGUACAAAAACAAAUCAAAUCCUGGUUAGCCGGAGACCGGAAUACCAGAUUAUGUACUGCUCGACCCACGUGGCAGACAAUGUCAUUUAGACAGGGUCUCUAUAAAAAAACCUUCACGAAUAUACGCAUAGAUAUGGUUGACAUUCUGGAGGUAGACACGAAGAAUAUGACGGUACGUUGCGAGCCCUUAGUAACAAUGGGCCUGUUAUCCAAAACCCUGGAACCACUAGAUUUAUCUUUGCCUGUUGUACCCGAAUUGGACCAGCUGACAGUGGGUGGGCUGGUUAUGGGUACAGGAGUGGAAUCCUCUUCACAUAUUCACGGACUCUUCCAGCACAUCUGCCUGGAGUAUGAACUGGUGUUGGCUGAUGGAUCGGUUGUCACAUGUAGUAAGGACAACAACGCAGACUUGUUUUAUGCAGUUCCAUGGUCCUAUGGCACUUUAGGAUUUCUGACUUCUGUUACUAUUAAAGUCGUUCCUGCGAAAAAAUACAUUCGGCUCGAAUACCAGCCUUACACAAAUAUGCUAGACCUUUCUUCAAAAUUUAAAGAAGAAGCAUUAAAGCAGGACCCACAUCGGUACCUUGAAGCACUCCUCUUUGAUAAAAAUAGUGGCGUUAUCAUGACCGGUGAUAUGGUGGAUGAAAUUGGAAACGAUGGAAUGUUCAAUCCAAUCGGACGAUGGUACUCUCCCUGGUUCUUCACUCAAGUCGAGAACCACUUAGAAAAUUAUAAGCUCGGCCAGAAGACGUGUGUUGUUGAAUAUAUUCCGUUACGGGACUAUUACCAUAGACACACUAGAAGCUUAUUUUGGGAACUACAAGAUAUAAUUCCUUUCGGCAAUAAUCCGGUAUUUCGUAUGUUAUUCGGAUGGAUGAUGCCCCCAGAAGUCUCCCUGCUAAAGCUCACUCAGCCGGAAGCAGUUACAAAGCUCUACAACAAAGCUCACGUGAUUCAGGAUAUGUUGGUUCCCGUAGAUGUCAUGGAGGAAGCAAUACAACUGUUUGAUAAGGAAUUUGAGGUUUACCCCAUAUGGCUGUGUCCUUUCAAGCUAUUCAAUAACCCUGGCCAGUUGAAGGUUAAUUCUAGUGACUGGCAGAUGUUCGUUGAUAUUGGGGUGUAUGGAGUACCUAAAGCGGAAGGAUAUGAAACUGUGUCUUCAACACGUCGUAUUGAAAGCUUUGUGACCCACCAUCGUGGCUUCCAAAUGCUAUAUGCCGAUACAUUUACAACUGAAAAGGAAUUCCGAAAUAUGUUUGACCACACCCUGUAUGACAAGAUGAGAAGUUCCCUUCCCCACUGCAAGGAAGCCUUCCCUGAUGUAUACGGAAAGGUAAAUAGGAAUGUCAGAAAGUGA